GAGUCCCAAUGAAUGAGCUCCUGUAAUCCUCUGCUAUUAUUUCCCUUCUGAAGAGACACACACACACACUUACACACCAGCUCUCUGUCCAGCAGAAUCCACUGGAGAACUUCUGUGCAUUUGUGUAUGUAUUUAUGUUUAAAGUGAGAGCGGUCGAGGUCGGUCGGGGCAUACAGUAGCAGACGGAGGCGUGCUCAUCACCCGCAUGUGACCCUCUGCAGGGAGAAACAGGUGGAUGCGGGUCAGUCUGGAUACAGAAAGCGCACGGAGCAUCUCGUGUCAGAGGUAAAACCAGUCCGUUUUGGAUUCCUCCAUCAGAUCAAGAUCAAGUGGUUUCAUUAGUUGGACUGCCUCAUCCCAGCAUUCGAAUGCAUUUGUCACUGGACACCAUGAACAUGGUGGAUGACAGCUGUCUUUCCCCCAGUAACUUCCACGAGAUGGUCAAAGCAGGGGGCGCGGCGGUGGGCACCCGUGUCCACAGCAUAGAUGUCAUCCUGGGCUUCAACAAGGACCAGGAUCCUUUGCUCAACCCUGGUGGCAAUGUGGUAACACACAAAGUUGGAGGUGAAAGUCUUGGAGAUCCAGGGAAGCAGGACCAGCGGGUACAACCCUUCGGGCACCUGCCAGCCCUCAGGGACGGCUCGGAGCAACCUGCAUUUCACGACGCUGACAUAUUCUCCAACAAGUGCAACGGGGACUUGAGCGACCUGCGGAAGUCCAUCGAGAGUGACAGCAAGUCUCCGGACCUGGCCGAUGGGGAGCAACCUAAGAAAAAGCACCGCCGCAACCGCACCACCUUCACUACCUACCAGCUCCAUGAGCUUGAGCGAGCCUUUGAGAAGUCCCACUACCCUGACGUUUACAGCCGAGAAGAGCUGGCCAUGAAAGUCAACCUCCCUGAAGUUCGCGUGCAGGUUUGGUUCCAGAAUCGCAGAGCUAAAUGGAGGCGACAGGAGAAAAUAGACGCCAGCACUAUGAAGCUCCAUGACUCCCCCAUGCUCUCCUUCAACCGGCCGCCAAUGCACCCCACCGUGGGGCCCAUGAACAACACGCUGCCCCUUGACCCUUGGCUGCCCUCCCCUCUAUCUAGUGCCACUCCAGUGCACAGCAUCCCAGGGUUCAUGGGUCCUACGCAAGGACUGCAAGCGGGCUAUGCCAGUCACGGUUUCCUCAGUCCAUCCCAAACCAUGGCCCAAAGCAUGCAGCCCAUGCCGCCACCCAUCCAUACCAAUGGCCCUCCUCCCUUCACUGACAAAUACCCUCUGGAGGAUGUAGAUCAGCGCAGUUCUAGCAUUGCUGCUCUGAGGAUGAAAGCUAAGGAGCACAUCCAGUCCAUGGACAAAACCUGGCAACCCAUGUGCUAAGACAUCUCUCCUUGACUGCAGGCCUUCAUAUUUUUUUAGUUACUAAUUGAUACUUAAGGCUACUCAAGAACCAUGUUUCUUGUCUAUUCUCCAGGUCAGAAAAUGUUGGGGCAGCAAAAUGUAGGCGAGUUGCCAUUUAUUUAUUUUUUUUGCAACUGAAUAUAACAACCACUGAGUCUGGAUGAAGAAAAAAAAAUUGUUUAGCAUGUUCCAUAUAUGUAUUUUUAAGGCACACAUUGGUGUGUUUUAUGUCUUUCACUGUCCUAACAGGUUUAAUUGGUUUUGGCGUGGAUUCUAAAACCAGAGUUACUGAAAUGUGAAUAUGAGGGCGUGUUUUGCAUCACAUGACCUCUGUCUGCAAAUUCACACUUCCUCCUGAAGGACUGGUCCAGAUGUUUUGGGUUUAAACAGAAGACAAAUGUGGUCAGUGGUUAGAAAGGACCUCUUACACAGGCAGCUGAUUUCAUCAAAACCCCUCGUUUUGAUCACAGUGGCAAGGACAAGGGGCAGAAAUGAUUGGCUUUGGGGGAGAGGUUUGUAUGCCUCAGUGUUCAUUAGAGGCAAAUGCUUAUUGGCAGAUCAGUCUCCUGUACGUGCAGAAGAGCAGAAGGGGAAUCUAUCUGCCAUCACCGCAUCGUGACUCCCCCUUUGUUUGGGCCAGUGAAUCCAAGUCUGAUCUUUUUGUUUCAGCUUCUUUAGAGGGAAAGACUCACUAUAAGACACCAAUCAAAUUCAGAAGGUUUUUUUUUAGAUAAAACACCAUCAUUGUGCUUUAAGUGUGAUUUUAUGAUGACUCAGAGAACAAUUAACCUUCGAAACAAACCUGGCUUCAUAGGAACAAUGACAUGUCCCACAAACACGCAAAUGGGAUUCGCUGCUUAUUUUUGAAAGGAAACUCACUCAGUUCAUGUUGCCAGAGUUUUUGUAGCAAUAAAUCAUGUGUAGUUGUGUUUGACUAAUGAAGUUCUGGACCACUAGAUAUUGACUCCUGUCAGGAAAGGUAUUAAACUUUCAGGAUGAUUUGAAUUAUUCAUUUGAACAAACUAUGCUUACUAAUAAUGUUUUAGCUGUUUAAGGAUGUCAAGGAUGAAGAGUUUGUAGAUCUUAUGAAUAUAUACAGUUGAUUCAACUGUAUAAGUAAAUUGUUUUUUGUUUAAUUUUGGUUUCCACAGUUCUGGGGUCCUUUGUGCCAAACAUUAGUUUACAAACCGAA